AUGGAGCAUCGCUCAUAUUGGGGUGUGAAGAAAUUGAACUUGGAUUUCUUGAAGGCCGGAAAGGAAAGAAUGCUCCACCUCAAUUUGCUAGAUGAAUUUAGGAAUGAGGCUUAUGCCAAUUCCUCUAUUUACAAGGCAAGGUUGAAGACCUAUCACGACAAGAUGAUUGAAAAAAGAGAGUUCUCCCCGGGGGAUGCGGUACUGUUCUACAAUCAUAGAUUGAGGUUAUUCCCGGGCAAGCUCAAGUCUAAAUGGUCGGGGCCAUUCACUAUCAAAAAUGUGAUGACCAAUGGAACAAUGGAGCUUAUUGGGGCCGAUGGAAGUACUUUCAUGGCAAAUGGCCACAACAUCAAGAGGUUCUACACAAGGGAGCAACAAGAUGCGGUCUUCGUUGUGAUCUUGACCGAAUGA